UGAGUUGCGAAACCGUAGAGAGAGCAAUAACCGACACACCGACACCUGUCGGUAGGUAAAAGAAAAAUUGGAUUACAACCGCAUUUUUCAUAAAGGGCCAAAUGAAAAUUCAGGAUGUUCAGGCUGUGCUUGGACAUGAAGGUGAAAACCUUGGGCAUGAUUGUCUGCAUCAUACUCCUCAUGGUAUUUAUCUCCAUUUACUAUGCCACGUCCACAGCCUCUAAGGUCACAGCCAGAGACAAAACGCUACAUUCACAACAGCAACAACAACAACCUGUGGUAAAGAUGGAGAAAAAGUAUCCCCCUGGUGUGAAUGUGGAGCAAAUGACAGAGGAAUGGACAGGGAAGCAAGGGAGGCGACUCCAUCCAGAAGAUGGUGGGAUACCUGUUGUGGUGCAUUCUGCCCCCAAACAUCUGCCAGCUGACCUGGACGUUUUGAGAAAACUGCCACCAGAGGCAACAGUCUUCACAACUGAUCAAUUGCCAUCAGACCCUCGCCUCAGACCUGGUAUUGGUAAUGGUCAGGUAGCUACUGUUGUCUACAGUGACUCUAUCUACAUGAAUGGCCUGUACAAUGGUUUUCACAGUGACUCCCAUAGGGCACGUAUUCCUGCAUUCUGCUCUGUCCAGAUCACAGGCGUGAAUCCACCGGCUGAGUUCCAUAGAACCUACAGUUUAAAUGUCUCCACAGGUAUUUUUACAGAGACAAUCAAGGGGGCUUACUUUCAGGUGGAUCUUAAGAUGUAUGCUCACCGAAGAGUGAGGGAGUUGUUGGUGUCAGAGCUGUGGAUCAGGCGAUCAGACAUCAAUAAAAAGCUUGGCGUGUCUCUGAGUGUGAACAAGGGACCUGACAGUGAGGACAUCGACUUCGAGCAGAGUCAGACCAUGAUAGCCAACUCAAGGUAUGUUCAUGGGAGAAUAAAGACCCCCGAGUUUAACGACUCUGUGCAUCAGGAGGUACAUGUGUAUUACUCUGAGGUGCCAGCUAACAUCAGCCUGAUGGACAGCAUGAGUGAGAGCACCUGGCUCUUCCUCACCUCUGUCAGCCAGACGAGGAAAGGGGCUGAAGACAACUACGACAAAGGUUUGAAGUUGUUCCAGGUGAAAAGUUUAGCUUACAGCCACAUGACUAUAUGGGCAGAGCUUUGGAAUGAUGGACGGAUUGACAUUGAGGGGAACACAGCCAUGGCACAGUUGGCAUACUCUAGUCUCUACUAUUUGCUGAGUUGCCUCCCCUCGGAAGAGGAUCCUAACACUCCAUUCAUCGGAUUGUCACCAGCGGGACUAGACCAUGGCUCUGCGAAAGAGGAUUACUGGGGCCAUGUGAUGUGGGACCAGGAGACCUGGCAGUAUCCCCCCAUCUUGAUGCUGUACCCAAGUCUGGCCUCCAUUCUGCUGGGAACAAGGGCCAGAACACUGGAUGCUGCCAAGAGACAGGCCAAACUGAGGGGGUACCAGGGGGCCAUGUACCCAUGGGAAAGUGCUGUUACAGGUCGAGAUGUGACCAGGUGUCAGAAUUGUUCCCUGUAUGAGCAGCACAUUACUGGGGACAUAGCCCUGGCCAUACAGCAGUACAUGUACAUGACAAAUGACACCAGCUUCCUGCAGGAUCGGCGGGGUGGGGAAAUCAUCACAGCCAUAGCAGAGUUCUGGGCUUCCCGAGUCACAAAGGACAAAACAACGGGGAAGUAUGGCAUUCAGGGAGUAAUGCCCCCUGAUGAGUACCACUACCCUGUGGAUAACUCUGCCUACACCAACAGUAUAGCUGCCCUCAGCCUGAUGUUACCCUACUCCACCCUGCCCCUGAUUGGCAAACAGCCACCCCCUAUCUUCAGGGAGAUCGCCAGUAACGUGUACAUCCCCUUUGAUUCGGCCAUGAACUAUCAUCCGGAGUAUGAUGGCUAUACUUUGGGUACUAAAGUCAAACAGGCAGAUGUGAUAUUGUUGGGUUUUCCUCUGAACAAGGAGUUUGACUCAUCCAUCAGAAAAAAUGACCUUUCUGUGUAUUCAGAGGUGACAGACCCCGAAGGCCCUGCGAUGACCUGGCAAAUGUUUACUAUUGGUUGGCUAGAGUUCAAGGACACAACAAAGGCUAAAACAUACCUGGAUAAAAGCAUGGAAAAUGCCAAAGGUCCUUUUAAGGUGUGGACAGAGGAGUCAGGAGGAGGGGGUGCUGUCAACUUCAGGACAGGCAUGGGUGGGUACUUACAGUCACUCCUAUUCGGGUAUGGAGGUCUGCGUAUCUUCAGUGAGGGUCUGUACUUGGACCCCAUCCUACCUCCUUCAUCAACCAAAUUCACCAUCACGGGACUUGACUAUCUUGGCAACGCUCUCACGCUAGAAGUCAACCAGAAGAACACCAUUGUCACGGUAACUGUCAGUGGUCAACCGUUGGUUCUGACUGUCCCAGGAAUCUCUACAAAAUACCCGUUGAAUCUCAACCAGCCAGUGACAAUAUCCAAACACAAAGCUCUUAUCAAGCUGAAUACUGACCCACCUCAACACUCAAGCUAACUUUCAGUUUCAUUUUUCAGUCUGAUGAAUCUUUUUUGUUUUAGUGGAUUUACUUCAGAUUAACCUAAGUAUUCAGUCAAUAGAAAAAAAAUAGAAAAAUGCAACAGCAGUAAAUUUGUUUAAUGAGCAUUAUCUACAAUGUAAGCUGACUUCAGUUUUUAACCUUCAUCUACAUCUUGUAUAAAUCAAUCCAAGCCACAUCCAAGGUACAUUGUAUUU